GGCCCUCCUCCCCAUAAAACGGUGGCCCUGUUAAAGUGGACAAAAUGGAGGAGCUGGCUCUAAUGGCCCUGCUGGAAUGUCCCCUGUGCUGGGAGAAGCUUGAUGCCUCUGCUAAGGUCCUGCCCUGCCAGCACACUUUCUGUGUGUCCUGCCUCCAGAGGCAGGAGGCAGCCCACUCCCACCUGCUCUGCCCAGAGUGCAGAGCGCCUGUCCCAGCCAGGACAGUGGAGGAGCUCCCUGAAAACAUCCUGCUUGUUCGGCUUCUGGAGGGGCUCCAGGGGCCCCAGGGGCAAAGCAGGUACGCACAGAGAACCCGCUAUUCAGUGCCCUUGACCAGGGGUAGCGUGAGAGUCAGAGGAGAACAGCAGCAAGGGAGUCAGCACGGAGAGAAACAAGUGCACAGUGAGCCAGCCCAUAGAGCCUCAAUGUAUGGCCAGCGAGGAGAUCGGUCAGGGGAACAGGCCCUCACACCCCCUAGCAGCCUCACUCCACACCUAACAGUGGACAAGGACCGGCACUAUGAGGACCCCGGGGACGGCUCCGGAGCGCUGCAGGCUGGGGGCCAGACGGCUCAGCAGCAGCCCCCCGAGCAGCCCCAGCCACUGCCUCUCUGCAGGGCGCUGGCUGACUUUAACCCAGAAGACGGGAAUCUGGAUGACAAUAAAUAUUGUCUGAGCUUCCUCAAGGGAGACAUUCUGGCCGUCAUCAGACGAGUGGACGACAACUGGAUUGAAGCCCGGCUUGGGGAAAAAGUCGGAUAUUGCCCUCAACAGUUAAUAGAUCCAAACUCCACCGCUGCCAAGCUGCUAAAGGGAAAGAGUCGCAAGGGUGGUGACUCAGUAGAAUCGCAUCAUCAGGCUGGGAGCGGGGGCACAGACAAGGCCACUGACGCAUCCAACAGGGCAGCCCAUUACGGAGUCCCUCAGGUCCCGGCAAAGACCCCCAUCGCCAAUGCUUUGCCUCUGUCCAGCCAGUGGAAACAGCCCGCGGCCAGCAGCGGCAACUUUUAUCAGGCGCCCGCCAACGUCAGCGCCUCCCACAGCUCCAGCGGUCAGGGUCAGCCGCAGCGCCUCCCGCUGCCCUCUGCUGCACGCAGCCACUCCUACCCCUCCAGAGUAAAUUCUCGGCGGACCAGCCGGCACUCUGACUCUCACAGACACCUGUUACAGACUGAAAAGAAGAUGACCAGUGAGACUCCACCCACCAUCUCCAUGGCUCUGGUGAACCCGCAGCUGCCUGCUGCCUCGGCUGACAGCAAGAGCUCCUCCACGCAGCAGCUCUCCAUCAGUGUCUGUGCCGUUCUGUACUCCUACAAACCUCGACGCCCGGAGGAGUUGGAGCUGAGGAAAGGAGAGAUGGUGGGAGUGUAUGGAAAGUUCAAAGAGGGCUGGCUGCGUGGGUUGUCGCUCAGAACAGGCAAAGUGGGAAUUCUUCCUGGCAACUAUAUCACACCUGUGCUCCGAACCUCAGCCAGACUUCUGGAGACCAAAGCGGCUCAUACGUCCUCUCAGUACAACACAGUUGUUGGAAAGAAACCCACAGCUACAAAGAAUCCUGCUGUGGUCCUUGCACUUGAUAGGGUCAACAGUGAUGGAACGACAUACUCAACAGGACAGGUGUCGUCCGUGCCAAAUGGAGCACAGCAUGGAAUGUCAUCAGCCGGCUCUGCAAAGCCAUCCUUCUAUGGGGGCUCUCAAGGUUGGGACACCGUGAGGCGUAUUUUUAACCCACAUAGAGGAUCAAACCACUCCUCGCAUGUGUCCGCUCUCAAUAUGCCGUCCCACUCGCAACACUUUGCACAAGUUCAGGUGUCAGGCUACUCGCCGGCCCUGCAGAGGAAGAAAAACAGCAACAUUCUGUCCACCUCCAGCAGACUGCGGGGCUGGAUGACUGAGCCGGCAGCGCCCUCUGCUGCUGCAGCGCUGAAGGACAGGGACGCCACCGAGGCCUCGUUUCAGCACCACAGACAGCCAACAAACGCGCCUCAGUCAAUUCUGGUCAAACCCGACGUUCACAAGAGCAAUACAGACAAGCCCCCAAAGUCAGUGCGGUUCCUCACAGAUGAAGACUCCCCACCCCCAAGGCUUCGGACAUCCUCUUGGUCAUCAGGAACUCAGGUUACACCCAACUGCCGUCCUGGACCCCCUCCUCUGGAAGUGUGGGCCCCUUCGCUCACCCUGGGGAGAGACGGACCAGGGAUCAUUCUCAGUGAAGGAAAAGGUCCUUUCCUCAGGAAAGGCCUUGAAACGGCUAUCUCAGAUACAAAUUUUUACCAGCAGAAAGCAAGACCCUCACAGCCCUCACUGUCAGCCCUAUCAGCUCAGUUCAGCCCGAGCAGACACAGAGUGACUACAACCCAUUUUGCCCAGACAGACUCGGAGGUCAGCCUGCUUCAGGGAGAAGUGGUCCUCAUCCACAGACCCCGGCCUGAUGGACGGGUUCUUGUCACUCAGGAAAGCAGCGGGCGGACAGGCUUAUUUCACAGCAGUGUUCUUCAAAACCUCGAGAGGCUCAGCUGACUGUAAUUCUGGUGUAAUUGUGUAUAUUUCAAUAAUGAGUUCAAACUGCCAAAUGACUCGAAUGGUCAAUUCAAAACUGUGUGUUAGAUCCAGAGUUUAAUAACAUCAGGGGACAAUACAGUGAAAGAUGUCAGGAGUAUGGUUACGAGAGAUCGUUUCUGUAUCUUUCAAUGUGUGCGCAUGUAUGUGGCAAGUACAAUUGUAAGAUUUUGCACUAAAUUCCCACUUCAUGACUGUUCCUCAUUUCAUACCCAUGUAACACACAAUGGUUAGUGCCUUUGUCAGAAUCCACAGAAAAACUAUUUACAUGUAUAUAUAUAUGUAUUUGAGUUUAUUUAGAGACUAUAUACAAGUAUUAUGUCAGCUGCUUAUGUGUUAAAAUAUACUUACAGA